UCCCUUUCAUAUUUUAACUCAUUUCUUUUAAAAUUAAUUUGGGAUCAAUAAAAUGGUGUCUGUUGAUGAAUUUAGAAAAGCUAAAAGAGCUGAAGGUCCGGCAACAGUGUUGGCAAUCGGCACGGCAACACCUUUAAACUACGUCGAUCAAACGACAUAUCCGGAUUAUUACUUCCGCAUCACAAACAGUGAACAUCAGACUCAACUCAAAGAAAAAUUUCAGCGCAUGUGUGAGAAAUCAAUGAUAAAGAAACGUCACAUGCACUUGACAGAGGAGAUGUUAAAAGAAAAUCCAGACUUAUGUGCAUACAUGGCUCCUUCCUUAGAUGUAAGGCAAGAUAUGGCUGUUGUUCACGUACCCAAACUUGGAAAAGAGGCUGCUCUUAAGGCCAUUAAGGAAUGGGCCCAGCCCAAAUCCAAAAUUACCCAUUUAAUCUUUUGCACCACAAGUGGUGUGGAUAUGCCCGGGGCCGAUUAUCAGCUCACUAAACUUUUGGGCCUUCGUCCGUCGGUUAAAAGGCUCAUGAUGUACCAACAAGGAUGUCAUGGUGGCGGCUUGGUGCUCCGCCUUGCCAAAGACCUGGCCGAAAAUAACAAAGGGGCCCGUGUUCUCGUAGUUUGCUCUGAGAUAACUGUCGUGACCUUUCGUGGGCCUAGUGAAAAACACAUUGAUGGGCUUGUGGGCCAGGCUUUGUUUGGCGAUGGUGCGGCUGCUGUAAUAGUGGGCUCGGAUCCAAUACCUAAUGUUGAGAAGCCGUUGUUUGAAAUAGUCCAUACGGCCCAAACUAUAGUUCCGAACAGCGAAGGGGCCAUCGAUGGGCAUCUACGAGAAGCUGGGCUGACCUUUCAUCUCAUGAGAGAUGUUCCUAUGCUCAUAUCAGAGAAUAUUGAGAAGGGCCUUGUGGAGGCAUUUCAACCCUUGGGCAUUUCAGAUUGGAACUCCAUAUUUUGGAUUGUACAUCCAGGUGGACCUGCAAUUCUUGAUCAAUUAGAAUAUAAACUUGGGCUUGAGCCCAAAAAAUUUCAGUCCAGUAGACAAAUGCUUGCUGAGUAUGGAAAUAUGUCAAGUGCCAGUGUAUUGUUUGUUAUGGAUCACAUGAGAAAAAAGUCAGUCGAAGAUGGGCUUAAAUCGACUGGAGAAGGCUUAGAAUGGGGGGUACUUUUGGGGUUUGGGCCUGGGCUUACUGUUGAGACAGUAGUGCUCCACAGUGUGCUUAUUGGCUGAUUAGUCAUGCUGACUUGUCGAUAAGUCAAUAUUACUUAGUUGUAUUUCUUUCUUUUCUUAAUUGAUUUUCUUAAUUUCUUCAAUUUCAAUUCUACGUUCCUUUUGGUGCUUGUUUUCACUAUGU